AUGUCGCCAAUGACCAGAAACCGUGGGGUUCCAUUAGCCGAAAGUACACCGGAAAAACCAAACAGAAUUUGGGUAGUAGACGAAUUGGUAGCAAAAUACUACAGCCAACGGGCUACGGAGGGUGGUCUUAUAAUCACCGAGAGUAUAUUGCCCAGUCAAGAGUCUGGUGCCAUGCCUGGUGUUCCUGGAAUGUGGCUUCCUGAGCACGUAGCAGCAUGGAAGCUGGUCACUGAAGCUGUUCACGCCAAGAAAGGUAUCAUAUAUGCCCAAUUGACUCAUCAAGGACGAUGUUCAAUCCCUCAAAUGCAAGGUCUUCCCACAGUCUCCGCUUCAGCAACACCGUGGUCUACUGACGAAAAGUACCCCUAUCCACCGCCAGGAGAGUCCUCGCGUGUGCUAUAUCGAGACUUUCCGCCUAUCGAGCUCACUGUUGCGCACAUCCAAAAGACGAUUGCGGAUCACGUUACCGCGGCGAAGCUAUCAAUUGAAAGUGGCUUCGAUGGCGUCGAGCUCCAUGGUGGCAACGGAUAUCUCAUAGAGCAAUUUCUGAAUUCAAAUGUAAAUACAAGAACAGAUGAAUAUGGAGGAUCUCCUCAAAAGAGAUGUAAGUUUGUACUUGAGCUAUUACGGGCCGUCGCAAAUGAGAUUGGGGAGAACAAUGUCGCGAUCCGGCUAAGCCCAUUUGGUAUCUACAACGAUAUGAAUGAUGAUAGUCGAUGGGUGACUUGGAGCCAUCUUUGUCGCGAGAUUCGUUCGGAUUUCUCAAAGAUCAGUUAUGUUCACUUUGUCGAAGCCCGAAACGACGAGCUGGUAGGCCAUGAAGUAUUCGAGAAGGGCUGGGGUGGGAGGAAGGUUGAUAUCAGUGGGUUUAAGGAUAUUCUUGGGGAUAUUCCAGUUAUCAGUGCCGGUCUGUGGAAUGCUGAGAGUGUUUGGGGUGCUGUAGAAAGCGGCAGGGUUGAUGGUUGCGUAUUUGCUAGGUGGUUCGUCAGUAACCCUGAUUUGGUCGAAAGAUUAAAAAAUGGUUGGCCAUUGAGCGAAUACAACCGAGCGAAGUUUUACGGACCAACAAGUAAACGAGAAGUGGGAUACACUGACUAUCCCACUUGGGAGGAGUUGAAGAAGAAAGAAGAAAAACCGUAG